GGGCCAAGGUCAAUGCUGCGUCGGUGAUGCAGGAGAAUAUGGUCAACCUGAUGCAGGUCGACAUGCUGCAGCUCGGCGUGCUGCAGACGCAGAUGGACAACCUCUCGGUGCAGGCGACUCUGAUUAUUGGCUUCGCGCUGAGCAUGUGGGCGGGCGAGACGCUGAUGCCGCUGCUGGAGGACGACUCGCAGCUCUGCAUCUGGAAGUCGUGGUACCACCUCUUCUUCGCGUCCGUCUUCUUCAUCUUUGUCGCAGUCUGCAUCUCGUGCUGCCUGAUCAUCGUCUCCAUCGUCUCGUACAUCAAGCAGGCGGCGCAGGAGGCGGCGCUCAUCGUCUCCACCGGCGCCGCCGUCGCGGUCACGAGGCAGCACCUCAACACGCUCAACUAUUACUUCGUCGUCGCCUACGCCUCCUUCACCCUCUCCGCGGUGCUGCUCAUCAUUCUCUACGUGGGGCUCCCUUCACGGCUGCCGGCCGACACGGCGGUGCCGACGCCGGCUAGAUGCGCCAGCACGCACGCCCCUGCUCUCUUCCGACUGGCGCGCGAGAAGGGCAGACGCUCGGCUCCCGCCGCCUCCACGCUGCAUGAGCAGCCCCCAGCUCCACGCGGUGCUCCGAGCACACCGUGUGCACUGUCCCGCCGUUCCACACCCAGGCGAGGUCGACAGACGGAUGGCAGACACCAGAGAGAGAGAGCAGGGACAGGGCGACUGACGGAGGGAGGUGCAGCUUCUCACUCACCCCAGGCUCCUCCCUGCAGGAGCACCGCCUAAGCGAGCUCUCGGGCGAGGGCGAGUCGCAGGAGGGUUGGGGCUCGGAGCUCGAGUCGAUCGUCGAGCUCUUCGACGGCGCCCGCCCCACCCUCCCUGCCCCCUCCCUGCCCCCUCCCUGCCACCCUCCCUGCCCCCUCCCUGCCUCCUCCCUGCACCCUCCCUGCACCCUCCCUGCACCCUGCCCUCGAGCCUCGUAGGCACCUUCUCCAUCACCUGCCUCGACCCGCGGAACCCGAGGGACAACGCGGUGCGCGACUCGUGGGGCGCCGGCAUCGCCGCCGCAAACACGCUCGUCAUCCUCUCCAUGUCGGCGUGGGGGUACCGCAAGUUCCUGUUUGUGCGACAGUCGUACAAGCCGCUGCAGCUGCUCUCCUGGUUCGUCACCUACCAGACGGAAAAAAAGCAAAAGCACGACGCCGUCGCCUCGCUGCCCGGCAAUCGGCGGAGCCGCAUCGACUCCGAGGUCGACUCGACAGACACCUCGGCCCGUGGUGGGCUGCCCACGAGCCCAAAAUGACGGUGCUGUGGACUGUGUGACGUGCGUCUAAUGGUGUGUGUGGACCGCCGUUUUUCUCUCUAUUAGGAUAUUAGGAUAACG